GAAUCCCUUUCUUUCCCCUGCUGGAGUUGCAAAAUCAUGCUUCCAAUCUUAAGACAGUUCUUGUGCAGGAGUUAAAGUUGGACCAACAAAGGGGUGCAUCAGGGCUCUCAGGUAAGGCUCUCAGCUCUGGUUUCCUAGUGAACAGGUGUCUGAGGACUGAACCCGUGACUGGUAUUAGAGACAAAAUCUGGUGAGUGAUGGGAGACCAUGAGCUGUUAGAUGAUCUGAUAGCAUUUUCAUCAGAACACAAAAGGAAGAGAAAUAAAAGCAAAGUGAAGGAGGAGGAGAUCCUAGAGGGAGAUUCGAUUGUCUUUUUUCACAGAUUUUCCACUAACAGGAGAAUAUUUAUAGUUGGACCUGGGCGAACUUCCAAAGCCUUACAGCACCUGCCUAGGAGGGGCGCGUCACUGCAGUGACGCUGCAGCUCUUGGCCGCUAGGUGGCGCCUGAGCCCUGUGGCUGGAAAAGAGCAAGUGUGGGAGAGGAGGGGCGGAAUCUGGUCUCGAGGGGGCGGCAACCGGGAGGUGGUUCCCUCAAGGCGGGAUAAAAGCAAAGGACCAGUGGCUGAGGCUCCAGCUGCCUGUGCCUGGGUUUGCAGAAGUCUCUGUCCUAGGGUGAUGGCAUUUAGCUCCAUGCAGCCAUUGCAACCUGUGGAUGCCAGGUGCCCAGGCUGAAGCAGCAUCCCCAGCAAGGGACCGGAGGACAAGAAGCUGAUACGUAGCUGCAAGUUUGCUGGCAAGAAGAGGAGCAAUGAAUUCCUCAUUUUACCUGCAUUUCUUGGACUUGAACCUGAAUGCCACAGAAGGCAACUUUUUGGAACCAAGUGUCAAGAACAAGUCUUCACCGUGCGAGGACAUGGGCAUUGCUGUGGAGGUGUUUCUGAUGCUGGGCCUCAUCAGUCUCUUGGAGAACAUCUUGGUCAUCGGAGCCAUUGUGAAGAACAAGAACUUGCACUCACCCAUGUAUUUCUUUGUGUGUAGUCUGGCGGUCGCUGACAUGCUGGUGAGCAUGUCCAAUGCCUGGGAGACCAUCGCCAUUUAUUUAAUUAAUAAUAAGCACUUGGUGAUAGCGGACGCCUUUGUGCGUCACCUUGACAAUGUGUUUGACUCCAUGAUUUGCAUUUCUGUGGUGGCGUCCAUGUGCAGUUUGCUGGCCAUUGCUGUGGAUAGGUACGUCACCAUCUUCUAUGCCCUGCGCUACCACCAUAUCAUGACGGUCAGGCGCUCUGGGCUGAUCAUCACAUGCAUUUGGACCUUCUGCAUAGGCUGUGGCAUCGUCUUCAUCGUUUACUACGAGUCCACCUAUGUCAUCAUUUGUCUCAUCUCCAUGUUCUUCACCAUGCUGUUCCUCAUGGUGUCUCUGUAUAUACACAUGUUCCUCCUGGCCCGAACUCACGUCAAGCGGAUUGCAGCUCUGCCCAGAUACAGUUCUGUACGGCAAAGGACCAGCAUGAAGGGCGCUGUCACCCUGACCAUGUUGCUGGGUGUUUUCAUCGUGUGCUGGGCUCCCUUCUUUCUGCAUCUCAUUCUGAUGAUUUCCUGUCCUCAGAACAUCUACUGCUCCUGCUUUAUGUCUCACUUCAACAUGUACCUCAUACUCAUCAUGUGUAAUUCUGUGAUUGAUCCUCUGAUUUAUGCCUUCCGCAGCCAAGAGAUGCGGAAGACAUUUAAAGAGAUCAUUUGUUGCCAUGGUUUCAGAAUACCCUGUAAGUUCCCUAGUAGAUAUUAAAGCGGAAACUUCUCAGAUUCCACAGGCAGAGCCACUACACCAGCCCGGCAGUCUACGCGGAAACUUCUCUUUGUGACUGUCUUUUUUUUGUUUCCAUAAUGGUAAGGUCAGUCAGGUGCAGCCAAGAGGUCAGCAAGAAAACCGGAUGUCAAAAGCGUGCAUUUUCUUUCUCUUUUUUUUCCAUCGCAACUUUGUGUUAUGUUCUGUGGCGGCUACCGGGUCACACUUAGACACACUGCUUUUUCAUUUGGGGAAAUGGUCUCUGGCAAGAUGUUACUGCCCUGUUUUCCUGGGUUUUCUUGUUUGUCUGUUUCCUCCUGUUCCAUUGCUUUUUCUAGGGGACAGGUGUCGAUCUGUUAUUUAAUGAGUCUGGGUGCAGCUCUAAGCAGGGAGAAGAGCUGGUUAUGUCUGAAAGAAAAGCUGUGAAUGUUUACAUUAUGUCUGAUUGCUUUCUCUCCCCGGAGUGAGUUCCAGGACUUCAUUCCACAUUCCUAGUUGUUUUUAACGCGUGCUUUGCAGCGCAGGCGAGAGUGGUGAAAUUCCUUCUAUGAAGCAAUCCCAUUUCCUGUGUUGUAGGUCUCUUUCCCUGCACUUCUGGUUUUAUGGCAUGUGUCCAUAAUUGUUCAGGAUGGGGUGUUCCUAAAUAUGCUUCUUCCAGUCAUGGUUUUUCACUUACUCAGACAUCAAACUUCAGGUCUGGGAAUCUGGAGACAUGGUUUGCCUCACAGCAGCCUUGUGACCCUGGGUCCAUCUCCACCCUCUCUAGGUCCCAGGAUUCUUCAUCCACCUUAAAGGCGUGGUUCUUAUAAUGCUCACACUCCAGCUCCUUAGUUUGGAUGUGGAUAUUUCCUCUUUUGUUUUGGAUAUUCAUAGCUAGGCAUUUCCCAGGGAAAGGGGAGAUGUAAACCGAGCAGGAGACCGGUAGGGCUGUACAACAAGAAACCACUAGAGCUUGCGGAGCAGAGAAACUCCUUGCACACACAUGUAAAGAACAUAUAAAUAAAACCCUGCCCCUAGCAACUUAGAAUGGGGGUGGGCAUGGGGUGAGGGGGAUGUGCUUGUGCAAGCAGGAGACUGCAAGAGACAUCCAAAUCUUGGCAAGUGUCAAAAUUAGCAAGUAGCCAUCAGGGAAGGUUUACAGAGGGGAGCUGGGGAGCCCAGAGAUGGUAGCACAGCAAGUUAAGUGCACAUAGCAUGAAGCACAAGGACCGGCAGCAUAAGGACCCCAGUUCGAUCCCCUGUCUCCCCACCUGUAGGGGGGUUGUUUCACAGGUAGUGAAGCAGGUCUGCAGGUGUCUGUCUUUCUCUCCCCUCUCUGUCUUCCCCUCCUCUCUCCAUUUCUCUCUGUCCUAUUCAACAAUAACAACAAAGGCAACAAAAAUGGGGGGGGGGAAAUGGCCUCCAGGAGCAGUGGUUAUAAUGCAGGCACCAAGUCCCAGUGAUAACCCUGGAGGUAAUUAAUUGAUUAAUUAAUUAAUCAAUUAAUUAGAGCAUUUGGUCCUUCAGAUGCUCCCUAUUCCCUUUAGCUGGACGUGUAGCCAUGUAUCCAUGAGAGGGAAGUAGUGAUGCCUGGGAGCUGAUGAGGAUGAACCACGGUCGGUGCUUUUGGAGUCUCUCAGCCUCUCAGCUACCUUGCUUGCCCUGCCUGGCCCCGCACCCGUUUGCGAGAGCUGUUUCUGCCACAGAGCAAGCACUCGAAUGCUGUUUGCUGUUGUUGCUGCAUGAACGUGUGUGUACUUGCUCCGCCCUCUGAGUGCUGAGUGAAGUUACUAGAGUUCUGAAGCGACCUACUGGUUCACACUGGAGCUCCACCUGGGAGCUCUGACCCCCUUGGAUCAACUCUCCUCUCUGGGCACUCCGUGACUUCAGACAGGCCUGACCUUGUCCAGAAAGACCUUUAAGGAAGUGCCCGUAUCUUUUCAUCUCUAAAUGAACUACAGAUAUAACCCAGGCAAUCAGAUGUGUCUUCACUUAGUGGGAAUACACAUAUCUAUACCUGAUAAGCUUGUAAAUAAGCUUACCCUUAAAACAAUUUUUCCCCCAAAUGAUCUGUAGAACUGUCAAAUAGCACAUGGGAGUGUAUUGUAAUUGCUUCUGCUUUUGUAGUUACCUUUGUUUCUAAGCAUUUAAAAACAUUUUUCAAUGAAAUGGUUAAUACACUGCAGAGACCAGACCUCCCACUUCAACAAGACAUUCAGGUUGUUGAUGGUCUUCUGGUCAACCUGUCAGUAAGCUCUGCGAAUGAGAAGACAUCUUCAUUGAUGAAUUCUGAUGAGACUUCCUUUACAGUAUUUAUUGCCUGUACAGUCAUUGUAUCUCAGUUCAUAAUGUUUUAACUUCUGGAAAUAAAGUAAUAUUGUACACUUGG